GUAGUCUUGCAGUGAUUCUUAACAGCGUGUUCUAGCAACCCAACAUGUGCGAAUCAACCGGUAUGAAGUCUGAAGAAGGCAAACCAGUCCAACUUGAGAGCUCUGUUACAGCAGCACCUGCUAUUGCACCGUCCAAGCUUACUGCAGCUGGCGAGGUGCCAGAGCAGACAUACAAGAUGGUGGAGUUGCUGAAACACUGGCCUGUGGUGGUAAUCGCUAUCCAGAAGAGCAGAGAUGAGUUUUGUUCUGUAAAGCAAAAGGCCUGCAUUAUUACCUGGUCACUUAACUUGUCCGAGAAAGUUGUUGCUUCGGUUCUCGAACUUGCAGAACGCAAACUGAGCAGCUUGCGGCCAAUUACUCAGUACGCAGACAAAGCAGUUAGCGAAGGCAUGGCAGAAAUAGAGAAGAAAUUUCCCGCAGUGAAGGAGUCGCCGGAAAAGCUGUACGAUGCUAUCACACAACACGUAGCGAAGAUGGUGCACCCCGCGCUAGAUAAAACCGAAGCUAUAAGCGAAAUCGGCAGGAAGAGACUCGACAGGGUUGCUAAAACGAUAAUCAACAAAUACAACAGUUUGAUCAAGAUCGUGGACAGCUGGAUGGACAAGCUGGAGAACCGACUGAACGGCGUGGAAGCUGAAACAGCCUCUCAUACGGAGACAGCUGUGGCGGAGGCGCUAUCUUCUGCGGCACGGACCCAGACCUCCACCACCACCACCACCACCAACCCGGUACCUGCACCCGCUGCGGGCCACGUUUGGCAGGCGCUGCGGCUGGGAGCUGGCGCCACCACGGCGCUGGCCGCCUUCCAGGUGGAGGCAGCCCUCUGGCUGCUCUCUCGGGCACCGCUCGUGGGCCGCUUCUUCAGGGAGGCGCCGCCGCCCACAGCCGACCCUUCGCCGUCUUCAUCCUCCAGGGACGCCUCAUUCGCCAGACUCCCGACUCCGACGGCUUCACAGGAGCAGCCGUUGCCCACAGCUCAGUCCACGGCCUCAUUCCACACGGAGCGGUUCAUCUCAUUGCCGCAGCAGUGAUCACUGCCAGAUAUCUUCCUAUCUCCUAUAUGCAGCCAGUUUAACGCAAAUGUGUGCCUUACCAUAAUGUAUCUACCGAAGGUACCCAAUGCUACGAGAAGUGGUUACAUUGCGGUAGUGCUGAAUGCACAAAUGGACCGAAUGACUUCUUGCUUGCAAAGUCUGCAAAGCCUGAAUUACACCGGAGCAAAGGAAAGCGAACACAAGUGAAAGUGCAUUCGGUGACAGUUUGCUGGUAUUCACUACCAGUUGCUUGUAUCUAGACUUUCGCUCUGCCAAAACUGUGGUUUGGUAGUUUUGGUACACUAGAUAAACGACAUAGUAAGUGAUAGGACUACCAAUAGUAUUGAUAUGGAAAUCAACGUACAUAAAUGUGCAACAGAAACUGUGAGUCGACGACCUCUCUUUGGUUAUUUGUUUGCUUUUGCACAGAAUUAGAACUGCACAUCAUUCAGUGUUAGUCUAGUGUGUAUUUUAUAUCCUUACAUAAUAUAAAUUGCAUUUUAUAGGUAAUAAAAAUUAGUUGAUGUGUAA